ACCAUGUAGUGUUUUCUUUCUUUCUCCAGGCAAUUUACCAUCUUACUCUAUUUUGUCUAUAUCCUUCUUUCCUUUCCUCCCCUUUAUAUAAUCAUUCUCAUUAACUUAUAAUAAUUAACAUUGGCUUUACUUGAAACUCUCAUACCAAUUAAUACACAGAGAAAAGCAUAUAGGAAAAAUUAAAACAUGGGGAGGGCUCCUUGCUGUGACAAAGCCAAUGUCAAGAGAGGUCCAUGGUCCCCUGAAGAAGACUCCAAACUCAAAGCUUAUAUCCAACAACAUGGCACCGUUGCCAACUGGAUAGCCCUGCCCCAAAAAAUAGUAGAUCUCAAAAGGUGUGGGAAAAGUUGUCGUCUUAGAUGGCUGAACUAUCUCCGUCCAAACCUUAAACAUGGGAUCUUCUCCGAAGAAGAAGACAACAUUAUUUGCAGCCUCUAUGUCAAUAUUGGAAGCAGGUGGUCCGUCAUAGCAGCACACUUACCAGGACGAACAGAUAAUGAUAUAAAAAACUAUUGGAAUACAAAGUUAAAGAAGAAGCUCUUAACAAAGCAAAGGAAAGAGCAACAAGCUCAAGCUCGCAAACUUUUCAGCUUAAACCAAGAGAUUAAAAGAGAGAGUGGAAAUUUGUUAUUACCUGUUGAAGUAAUCCCCCAAACUCAUAAUGAUUGGCCUAUAGAACACUACUCCUUUCCCAUACCAAUAACAAAGGCUUCUUCCGUUCAAGACAAUAACCUCAACAAUAUACAAACAUUAUCCAUUAAAAAUUUGGAAACCAAACUAGAGGAAGUUGAAUUUUCUGAUAGUAAUCAAUUGCAGCAAAUUAAUGUCAACAUUAAUUCUCAAUAUCCAUGUGACAUUUACUUCCCACAAGAUCAACUAUAUUAUCCAUCAACAGAAAGCAUUAAUUGGGGAGAUAUUAUGAGUUCUUUGGUUUCUGACAUUGAAGGUUGCAACCAAACAAUGCCUCAAGAAGAUGUUACUUUCGAUGAGUCUAUGUUCUAUGGAAUUAUGCAAUGUUUGCAAACGCAGUAAUAAACUUUGCCAAGAGUUCACUUAAUUUUGCUUAAGAUUUUUUCCCCUUAACAUGUUUUGUUUGAAAUGAUUGUAACAUUUUCUUUAGAAUAAACCGAGAAUUUAGUCCAUACACUAAUGGUCUCUCGUCAAUUUAGUCGUUAAACUAUUAAAAUCAAUAAAAUAGUUUUUAAUUA